UCCGUCCAGCUCGCAUCUUUUCGCUUGUCAUUGCUUAGGAGAGACGCAUCCCUGACCUCUUGUUCUUCUUCUCCGCUGAAGGAUGUUUGCAAACGGAUUCACAUUCGACUUAAGAGGAUAAUUUACGACUUUAAACUAGCGGUGGAAGUAAAUAAUGGCUCCUCAACCCGUCAUCAGAUCUAGACAGACGGAAAAAACAAUAAACGGAAACCCAACUCAAGUUGUCUGCACGGAGUUCAGCAACUACAUUUUUAUAGUUUUGACACAGUAUGGUAAAAUUGGGACUCUUGUGUCCAUAACACCUGACACGAGGUCUGGUGAGAUCAGCCUACCCUUGUUCAGCACCAGAGUACUGCUGGGAAAAGAUGAGACUCUUACACAUGUCUAUGCCAAGAAUGUUGCAACGUUUGUCUCACAGGAAUCAAGCAACCGACCGGUCCUGCUGGGCCUUUCACUUAAAGACAACAGCGCUGAAACUAUGAAAAACAUUAAAGAUAUGAUCAAAGCCUGCCAGGUUUGGUAAACAGGAAGUCAAACAGCACUAUUUCUGGAUGAGGACAAAUGACGUAUCUGCACAGUUUGUACAGCAUAAAUCUUGUCAGAAUGAUCCCAAGUGCUGCUGCUAUCACACACAGUUUGAAAAGCUUGAAUUUUAAUGCUGAAAAUAAGAGUACUGUUCAUGAUCACUUCUGUUUGCCACUGUAUAAUAGAUGUCUUUCAGAUGCCCUGAGAUUAAAAUAAUAUUUUCUUACCUUUCA